CAGCUUGGGUUUGUCUCCCAGCCCCCUCUCUUGAGGAUAUAAAAGCAGCUGCUGGGCAGUGAAGGCAAACAUCUUCCUCUCCUGCACCACCUCCUUGCCCUCGGUGCCUUCUCUGCCGCAGCCAUGGCCACUUCCUUCCUGCACAGCUCUUCUUCUACCUACGGGGGGAGCUUUGGGGCUGGGGGCGGCAGCAGCUCUCGCCUGUCCUCCAUCCGGGCCGGGGGAGCCUGCCGAGCUCCAAGCAUCCACGGGGGCUCCGGUGGCAGGGGGGUCUCCAUCUCCUCAGCUAGGUACAGCUCCUGUUCGGGAGGAGGCUACGGUGGGGGCUUGUCUGCUGGCUUUGGUGGUGGCUAUGGAGGAGGCUUUGGUGGCUUUGGUGGUGGUGCAGUCUGUGGCUUUGGGGGAGGGGCUGGCUUUGGUGGAGGGGCUGGCUUUGGGGGGGGGUCUGGCUUUGGGGGAGGCUUUGACCUCGGUGGGGGCGAUGGGCUGCUGUCUGGCAAUGAGAAGGUCACCAUGCAGAACCUGAACGACCGCCUGGCCUCCUACCUGGACAAGGUGCGAGCUCUGGAGGAGGCAAACUCCGACCUGGAGGUGAAAAUCCGAGACUGGUACCAGAAGCAGGCUCCCAGCAGCCCAGCCAGGGACUACAGCCACUACUACAAGAUCAUAGAGGAUCUCCGGGACAAGAUCCUUGCAGCUACCAUCGACAACUCCAGGGUGGUCCUGGAGAUCGACAACGCCAGGCUGGCUGCAGAUGACUUCAGGCUGAAGUAUGAGAAUGAGUUGUACCUGCGCCAGAGCGUGGAGUCUGACAUCAACGGCCUGAGGAGGGUCCUGGACGAGCUGACCCUGUCCAGAGCUGACCUGGAGAUGCAGAUUGAGACCCUGAAGGAGGAGCUGGCCUACCUCAAGAAGAACCACGAGGAGGAGAUGAAGGAGUUCUCCAGCCAGCUCAGCGGGACGGUCAACGUGGAGAUGGACGCGGCGCCGGGCAUCGACCUGACCAGGGUGCUGGCGGAGAUGCGGGAGCAGUACGAGGCUCUGGCCGAGAAGAACCGCAAGGACGCCGAGCAGUGGUUCUUCACCCAGACCGAUGAGCUGAACCGGGAGGUGGCCUCCCACACGCAGGAGAUCCAGAGCGGCAAGUCGGAGAUCACGGAGCUGCGGCGCUCGGUGCAGAGCCUGGAGAUCGAGCUGCAGUCCCAGCUCAGCAUGAAAGCCGGCCUGGAGGCCAACCUGCGGGACACGGAGGGGCGGUACUGCGCGCAGCUGGCGCAGCUGCAGGGGCUGAUCGGCGGCGUGGAGGAGCAGCUGGCAGAGCUGCGCUGCGACAUGGAGCGGCAGAACCAGGAGUACCGCUGCCUGAUGGACAUCAAGACCCGCCUGGAGCAGGAGAUCUCCACCUACCGCCAGCUGCUGGAGGGCCAGGACUCACAGCUCUCUGGAGUGAUCCCUAAGGAUGGGUCUCUGAGCACUUCCAGGAUCCGCUCGGUGGUGGAGGGCGAGGCCAAGCCUGCCUCUCGCGACAGGAGGUUCUGAGCAGGGAGUGCUGAGCGCCCCC